UGCCGAGCUCCCGCCUUAAAGGGACCGUGCUGCGCUGCGCUCCAUGGCGAAGGCCGGGCACGCCUGGAGCCGCGCGGCGGCGGAGCAGGGCGAGGCGGAGGAGGGCGAGGAUCCCCUGGAUGCCAUGAUCGCACGGACCGGCUGCCUGGAGCAGCACCGGCAGCUGCAGGAGUGCAUGGCGGAGCGGCAGGACUGGCGGCACUGCCAGGCACAGCUCCGCGCCUUCGGGGCCUGCAUGGCCCGGCGGCAGCAGCGGCAGGACGGGCCCGGCCCGGCCCGGCCCACGGACUGACAGCGCCCGGACAGCCCCGCAGCAAUGGGGCUGCGCCCUUCGCCCCCUUUUUGGCUUUAUUUUUAUCCAACCGCUCGGGAAUCCAGGUGGAAUUGUUGGGAAAUUAAACCUGGAAUUUGUCAUCUCUCGGCUCCAUCUGUGCCAGCUGGAUAAGUGCAAGCUGGAGGGGGUGGCUGGUUUGGGGGAUACAGUGUCAAGCAGUGGCGCGGUAGGGUCAGGUUGGACAGCAGGAGAAAUUCAUGGCAAAGGGUUUUAAACACUGGAAGGGGCUGCUCAAGCAGGUUUGGAGUCUCCAUCCUUGGAGGUGUCCAAGAACAACUGGACAUGGCACUCAGUCCUCUGGACACAGCUUGGACUUGAUGAUUCCAGAGGUGUUUUCCGACCAAAAUGAUUCUGUGGUUGUGAAUUUGCAGCCCUAAAUGUCCCAAAUCCAGGAGCAUUCACAGCACACUCAGGCUGGCUCUUGGCUCCAGAACAGCUCUGCUAUGGAUUUUUACUCCAUGUCCUCUGUGCCAUCCUAAGGCUUUUCCCAGCAGUGAUAACCUCAUGUCCCACAGGAUGGGAUUUCUGGGGAGAGGAUUUAUCCUCCUGGGAAGCCACAGAAUAAUUAGGAAUGGGAGAAAAAGGGAU